UUUUUAGUCGUUUGCGUUGAGUCAGCGGAAGCGAACGUCGUCGUCGGAGUAACAGUAACAGCAGCAACAUCGCAAUAACAACGCAGCAACAUCGCAGUAACAUCGCAGCAACAUCGCAGCAGCAGCAGCAGCAACAUUCGUCGUGUGUGCUGCCAGUUUUCGGUUGAAUACUGCGAAUGCAAAGAGACAGGUUGCCUGGCGGUUUAGGUUUUAAGUGGCAGUCCAUUUCGCAACUGUUAAAAAGUGUGUGUGCAUAAUUUAAGCCAUUGCGAAACAAGUGCUCACUCGAGGAAACGAAUAUCAAAGAAACCAGCGACAUUUGUGCACCGAAAAACACGUAAAUUAAUUGAUUUAUGCCUGUGACCUUUGCGCACACAGCACACCUGUUGCACUCGCAGGAAAAUAGAAGUUGGAUACGUUAUUUAUAUAAGAUGCAUUGAAUGUUUGGAGCAAGAAACACUCAGCUGAACUUAAACUAAGUACCAAUGAUCAUGCAGGAUAUACGCCUACGCCUGGAACCACAGCACAGUACAGCCACGUUCAUAUCCACCACCUCCUCCUCCUCCUCGGGCUCAUCGUCCUCAUCCCAAACAGCGGAGACCACGCUGAUUGAGGCAGCUGAGGAGCAGUCGCCAGCCAGUGAAGCAGCUGCUGCAGCAGUGACAACGACAUCGCCGCAGCAUUAUUUCCAUCAUCAUCAUCCGCCGGCGCAUCCGCAUCCGCAGAGCCAGCCCCAAGCCCAGCUACGCCAGCAGCCGCAUACGCAUCCGCAUAGCCACUCGCAUCCGCAUCCGCAGCUCCAGCGUCGCCCGGUGGAGCAGCUGCAUCUGCUGCACAGCCACCACGAUGUCCAGGAGCUGUCCGGACAGGAGCAUCCACAUCCGCACUCGCACUCGCAUUCGCAUCCGCAAGCCGGCUCGCAUCCGCAUCCGCACCAUCUGCGCUCGCCCAGCUCCGAGGAGGAUAAUUCGCCCACUGAAAUGAAUAAUUGCCGUCGUUUGGUGGAUAAGCCGCCGCUGGUGAAACGCCUGACCAUGGGCAUUGGUCUGCUGCGGGGCACCGAGGACAGCCGCCCCCUGAUGCACAGCACCUGCGGCUCCUCCCUGACCUCCGGAUCCGGCUGUGGCUCCACCCAGACCAUCUCCGAUGGCUAUGUGAACGAGGCCAUCUGCGAGCCGGACAAGUACGUGGCCAGCAAGUUCGGCGACUCCUGCCGCCAGUCACUGUCCGCUCUGGAGAGUGCCACCCAGCGGCUGCAGGUGGAGCUGCCCGCCAGCAGCAAGAAGUAUCUGCGGGAGACGUGCAGCGCGAACUCCAGUCCGAAAUUGUUUCCCGGCCAUGGUGCCCUGCGUCUGGAUAAUCUCAGCCUAUCGGAGCAGCAGGAGCUUAAGGGAGCCGCCUGGUUUCAGGCGGGCAUUCCCCGGGAAAUAUCACUGGAGGUGCUAUCCCGACAGAGUCCAGGUGCGUUUCUAGUGCGCCAGAGCAGCACAAAGCCGGGCUGCUUCGCCCUCUCGCUGAGAGUGCCACCUCCCUCACCACGAGUGGCCCACUACCUGAUCCUGCGGACGCAAAGGGGCUACAAGAUUAAGGGUUUCACCAAGGAGUUCAGCUCGCUGAAGGCGCUCAUCACGCACCACUCGGUGAUGCCGGAACUGCUGCCCGUGCCGCUGACCCUGCCACGCCCCCCUAGCACACGAUCGCAGCGGUCGCAGGGCGCCUAUGGCGGCGGAACCGGAAACGGGGGCGCGGACUUUGAGAUGUACGGCUCGCUGAACGACUUUCGCAAAAUGAUGUCCGAUUUGAAUGUGUGACCGCUGGGCGCGCUUAAUUAAUUAAGUAAUUAUGUCACGUUGAUUGAAUUAAGCUGCCCGGCUUGUCACAUUGUCCAGUGUCCUGUGUCCAGUGUCCUGUGUCGCGACAGGAUAACAAUCUGUUUAAUUUGCGUAAUUGGCUGUGCUAACGACGGUUGACGUGGCUACCAAUAAAUAGGGUCCAUGUCCAUGUGUACUCUGCAAUGGUCGGCGAAGGCCCACCUGUCCGGCAGGUGCUGCAAAAAGUGCACAAAACUUUUUAUGAAAAUUGAUAAUAAUAUCAGCUACGUGGGCGGCGGCAAUGGCUGUGGUUUCGCUGGGGCGUGUGCAUACACAAAUAUAGGGAAUACGCUCAAAUCAUUUUUGCGAAACUGAUUAAAAAAUGGCAAAAACAUGCAAUAUGUAUACGCAAACAGACAUCGAGUGAUUAUUAUUUUUCGCGUUUUUAUCAAUUCGGUUUCGUUUUGUAUGGCCUGUGCUGAGUGGCAGAUGCAUCAGACAGACGCAUCUGAAUGGGGGCAGUCGGAUUAAAUGUUAAUGUUUGGGCUGGGAAAUCGAGGGUCGGCUGCCAGGAUUUGGAGUGCUGUUGCGGAAUGGGUAAAGUGGAUGCAUUUCGUAUUUGAUGCACUCACAUUGCGGUGUACUAGGUAGAUAGACUUAUACAGGAACUAAAUAAAUAACCAAUUAUAUUGUAACUCUAUGUAUUUUGUAAUAAAGUUAAUGGAAAACCUA